UUCACGGAUUGGCCAAAACUAAUUUUCUUUCUCGAGUCAUGGCGAGUACAUGGAGCCAGCCAUGUUUUCAUCUACUAUCAUUCGUCUACCCAAGAAGUUCGCCGGGUGCUGGAACAUUACAAAGAAGAGAACUUCGUAACAGUGAUAGAUUGGCCUUUACUUCCACGGUCUUCAACUGUCGAUCCGAAUCAAUCGGUUUAUCGUUUGGCUCAUUCACUUGCUCAUAACGAUUGUGUGCAGAGGAUUAACACCGAGUUUGGAGCGUUGGUCGACAUCGAUGAGCUCAUGGUGCCAAGGAACGGUUCGCUGUUAUCAUUCGUGAUCCAACGAUUUUCUUCGCCUUCUAUUGGAGCUCUUUGUUUCCCUCAUCGCGCCAUGUUUCUCGAUCCUCCUCUGACGCAAUCGAGUUUUGCUUACGAAUCUCUCGAUUUUUCCGGAGUUCUCAACGCCUCUGAAGCUGAACUUCGAGGUCCAUACAAGAUACUACCAAAUGAGGCCGUUCUUCUUCACAAUCGCUAUCCAAGUCGUGAAGGAGAAGAACCACAAAAUCACCUAUCUUUUUCCGUUCGAUAUCGACGUUGA